CGUGUUAGAAGUGUCUCAUCGUUAACAACUAACGUUUUACCAUAUAUCAACCAUGGCUCCAGGAGGUAAAUCCGCAGGAAAAGCAAUGAAAAAAUCGUCGGGCAAGGCCCAAAAGAACAUCGCCAAGUCCGACAAGAAACGCAAGCCAAAGAGGAAAGAAUCGUACGCCAUCUACAUCUACAAAGUGUUGAAGCAAGUGCAUCCCGACACCGGUGUUUCCUCUAAGGCCAUGAGCAUAAUGAACAGCUUCGUCAACGAUCUGUUCGAGCGUAUCGCCGCCGAGUCCAGUCGUCUGGCCCACUACAACAAGCGAUCGACCAUCACCAGUCGGGAGAUUCAAACCGCCGUCCGACUUCUGUUGCCCGGUGAAUUAGCCAAGCACGCAGUCAGUGAAGGAACCAAAGCCGUCACUAAAUACACCAGCUCCAAAUAAUUUACAACUACUGUGUAAAACCGACAAUAUUAAAACGGCCCUUUUCAGGGCCACUACUUUUCACUAUCAACUCCAUAACAUUACUACUACUGAUUAAUGAUAAUUUAAAAUUCAAUUUUUGAAUAAAGAAUCCCGUCAUGGCAUUACAGGAAGCCUGGGAGGCGUAUUAAACCUGGUAAAG